GCAGAGAGGCCCCGGGGGGCGUGGGUGACAGGUCAUUCUUUUUCGCCCCCGAUCUUUAAUUUUCCUGUCGGGGUGGGGGAAGGACAGACGGGCGUUUGGCAUUUCGCUCACGUCCGAAGUCAGGCUGCGGCAGGGGUUGGGAUGGGCAAGGCUUGGCGUCUGAGCGACUGAGGAGAGGAGCGCUGAACGCGAAAGGGGUGCUUCUGCAAGUUUUUUCCCCCUCCUGAACACCCUUUUUAAAAAGCCAACGGCCGCCCUGGGAGAGGCCCCGGCGCAUGAAUCAUUCUCGCUUCCUGCCCCCGCCCGGCCCCGCGCUCCCGGUGCCGCGGAUUUGAACUGGACGCAGACGGGAACCCGCAAACAGGCAUUUCUUUGCAAAUGGGUUUGAAUCAGCCAAUCACAGCCCGCAGGGGCCCGCUCCGGGAGGACGGAGGCGGGGGCUGGGGGGGCGCCACCCGGGGGCCCCCGCCCGGCCAGGGUGGAGGGGGUGCGGCGACUCGGCCGGCUCCCAGAGGCUCAGCGGGGGAGGAAGUGUCAGUUUGUGAACCUGCAGCGGCCCCGGCCUGGCCCCAGGCAGGACGGGCGGGGACCUCGCAGCGCCGGGGGAGCCAGGUGGCAGGGAGAGGACAGGGGUUCAGAACGUAUCCCCUGCCUGGGAGCCUGUGCGCUCUGCGCUGGAGAAAAAGGAGAUGGAAGUGGGGGUGGAGAGGGUCGUGGUCACGCCACCAUCUGGGGAACUGAGACCCCUGCAGUGCCCCGCUCGCCCCAGGGCCCCGCACAUAAACUCGUACUUAGCUUCACACACUCCCUGGCACAAUGCCUUGGACAUCAUCCCACCCAGUCUUACAGGAGUACACACACGCACCACACAAAAACAAGCACUGGACCCUCUCCCUGUGGACAGUCAUAAUACCAGGUGCCCAGCGCCGUGGCCACAGGGAGGAGACCCGAGUAGGCGCGCAGGGAAAGAGCCAGGCUGUGACUCUGUAGUGGAGAGUGUGUGGAGGGGCAUGGAGCCAGGUGAGUCCAGCGGGGAAGGGAGCGUUAGGGAUGGCUUUGAGCACCGGUGAGGGCAGUGGAGAGCCCCAGAAGGUUUCUGGAAGGAGAUUGGUGGCCCUGAGGAAGAGUCUGGUGGAAAGGCAGGAAUGCAGGAGCAGCCUAUAUAGCACUGGGUGCUGGUAGUACCCGUUCCCCAACCCAGGUGCCUAGUGGAGGUGAACACAAGGCCCAGGAAACUGUUAUUGAGUGAAUGAGUGAAUGAAUGAAUGACCCAAGCAAAAGAUGAGGCCUGAACUCAGACCAGCAUGGGAGGAUGGAAGCUAGAACCGGAAAGCCAGAAGUCAUGGCACUUAAAAUGGGCAGACUACGGCAGCUCAUUGCUUGGAGGAGUUUGAGAUGCAUGGAGGCAAUGCCACUAGCAGGGAGAGAGGAAUCCAUGGGCAAACUGCAUGCUGCUGAAAAGGAUGGUGAGAGACAGGUGUGGAGAGGUUGGCAUGGAGAUGACUUCACUGCUUGGAGCAAAUGUAUAUCUAGGUGAAAGCAUAAGUGAGUUUAAAUGUCCCAGAAUUGGUUUCCAUUAAAUCAUCUCGUAAUUGACAACAGAAGGGGGAUUACAAAAGACAGAUGACCCGUCUACACUAGUUACAAGCCACCCAGGAGUUUUCCUUUCUAGUGUCAGGGGAAGCUGAUGGAGAAUCGAGCUCUGGAUCCAGGGACUCGGGACUCCUAUGGUGCCACCAGCCACCUCCCCAACAAGGGGGCCCUGGCGAAGGUCAAGAACAACUUCAAAGACCUAAUGUCCAAGCUGACAGAGGGCCAGUAUGUGCUGUGCCGGUGGACAGAUGGCCUGUACUACCUCGGGAAGAUCAAGAGGGUCAGCAGCUCUAAGCAAAGCUGCCUCGUGACUUUCGAAGAUAAUUCCAAAUACUGGGUCCUAUGGAAGGACAUACAGCAUGCUGGCGUUCCAGGAGAGGAGCCCAAGUGCAACAUCUGCCUGGGGAAGACAUCAGGGCCGCUGAAUGAGAUCCUCAUCUGCGGAAAGUGUGGCCUGGGUUACCACCAGCAGUGCCACAUCCCCAUAGCGGGCAGUGCUGACCAGCCCCUGCUCACACCUUGGUUCUGCCGACGCUGCAUCUUCGCACUGGCUGUGCGGAAAGGCGGCGCGCUGAAGAAGGGCGCCAUCGCCAGGACGCUGCAGGCCGUGAAGAUGGUGCUGUCCUACCAGCCGGAGGAGCUCGAGUGGGACUCGCCUCACCGCACCAACCAGCAGCAAUGCUACUGCUACUGCGGUGGGCCCGGAGAAUGGUACCUGCGGAUGCUGCAAUGUUACCGAUGCAGACAGUGGUUCCACGAGGCCUGCACCCAGUGCCUCAAUGAGCCCAUGAUGUUUGGAGACCGGUUUUACCUGUUCUUCUGCUCCGUGUGUAACCAGGGCCCAGAGUACAUCGAGAGGCUGCCCCUGCGAUGGGUGGACGUGGUUCACCUGGCCCUCUAUAAUCUGGGGGUACAGAGCAAGAAGAAGUACUUUGACUUUGAGGAGAUUCUGGCCUUUGUCAACCACCACUGGGAGCUCCUGCAGCUUGGCAAGCUCACCAGCACCCCCGUGACAGAUCGAGGACCGCAUCUCCUCAACGCUCUGAACAGUUACAAAAGCCGGUUCCUCUGCGGCAAGGAGAUCAAGAAGAAGAAGUGCAUCUUCCGCCUGCGCAUCCGCGUCCCACCCAACCCACCAGGGAAACUGCUGCCUGACAAGGGACUGCUGCCAAAUGAGAACAGCGCCUCCUCUGAGCUGCGUAAGAGAGGAAAGAGCAAGCCUGGUUUGUUGCCUCACGAAUUCCAGCAGCAGAAAAGGCGAGUUUAUAGAAGAAAAAGAUCAAAGUUUUUGCUGGAAGAUGCUAUUCCCAGUAGUGACUUCACCUCAGCCUGGAGCACCAACCACCACCUGGCUAGCAUCUUUGACUUCACGCUGGAUGAAAUUCAAAGUUUAAAAAGUGCCAGCUCAGGCCAGACCUUCUUCUCAGAUGUCGACUCCACCGACGCUGCCAGCACCUCUGGCUCUGCCUCCACCAGCCUCUCCUAUGACUCCAGAUGGACAGUGGGCAGCAGAAAGAGGAAGCUGGCAGCCAAGGCAUAUAUGCCCCUGCGGGCAAAGCGGUGGGCAGCUGAGUUGGAUGGACGCUGCCCCUCGGACAGCAGUGCAGAGGGCACUUCGGUUCCCGAGCGGCCAGACGAAGGCAUUGACAGCCACACAUUUGAGAGCAUCAGUGAAGAUGACUCGUCCCUAUCCCACCUCAAGUCAUCUAUCACCAACUACUUUGGUGCAGCUGGGCGGUUGGCCUGUGGGGAGAAGUACCAGGUGUUGGCUCGGAGGGUCACACCUGAGGGCAAGGUUCAGUACCUGGUGGAGUGGGAAGGGACCACCCCUUACUGAAUAGCCCCCAGGGGGUUCCAGGGGCCCUGAAAACCAAAGGAGGUGCAGCAGAAGCCAUAGGCUCCCCAGCUUUCUCCAGGCUGGGAUGGGAGAAGGAAGCAGGACAGAGCUGCAAGUGCCUGGCAGAAGGCCCUGCCUGCCUGCCUGCCCAGCCAAGGCCUGCGUCUCUCUUGUACCAGCUCUGCUCCAGGGCCUCCUCAGGCUCACCACCCCUACAUGCUCCACACCCCCUCAGACUCUGUCUCUUCCUCUGACCUUGUGUCCCCUGCUCUGGGACCCUUCCUCCUGAGGCCCAGGUCUUUGUCCCAGUUGUGUGCCUUGACCUCUCUUGCCCCUUUUGGGUGUGUUUGCACAUCUUGUGUGUGUACAGCUGGCCCACCACUGGAUACCCUUCACACCUGACUCAUGGGGCAGCCAGUCCUCCAGGGACCACAUAACAGGUGCCUUUGGCAGAGCAUAGGAGAAGAUGGAUGAGGAUGCCGCUCAGUGCUUUUCUCUUCCACUUUCCUGCUACUCCCCACUGCCCUUGGAGAGAGGUGGCGGGGUGGGAGAAAGCCCCUUUGAAAGCCUGCAAGGAUAUGAAGGGUAAAGGGCUGUGUCUGCCUCAGAAGGCACCAGCUCCAGGGCCCAGGUAUUAAGGCUGAGAGUGAAGGCUGCCAGUGUCAGCUUUGGAGGUUCCAGAAGUCAUCUGUUCCCCACCCCCUCUCCCCUCAGUUGCCACAGAGCUGGGCCAGGCCUUGAAGGAAUGGAGACAUCCUUCAAAACCUGGGGGAACAGAGUGGAGGGUGGUAGUGGUGGGAGGAAAACCAUGUCAUGCUAAACCCGACUUUCCGGUGCCUCCCACCCCCAGACCCACCAGACACCACCCAGCAGACAAUACACACCCACUCCCACAAGCUUCCACCCAUGUGUGUUGUACUUUAUGCCCUAAGCACACACACAGCCACUAACCACAUGCCCAAGUGUACACACAGCCACACAGUCCCUCUGGGCCUGCUGGCUCCACCCUUGUCUUUCCCAUGGCCCUCCAUAUGGAAUGUGAAAGCUCUGCUCCCGCCCCUUCUUUUAGCCCAUCAACCAGCUUUGGUCCCAUAGGGAAGCACAGGGGACUCAACCUCUUUCAUAUCCCUUGCCCUUCCCUGAAACGGACAAUCACUUUUUGGGAUAGGUUGCGAUUUUUAAAGGGCCUGCAUCAUUCCAUUUUCCUCAAAGAGAAGCCCUUGCCAGUGGGGGUUUGAAAGAGAAUUUUUAGAACCAGCAUUCAAAUUCUGCCUCAUCUGGAGGGAAACCAAAAUUGGGAGGAGGAAGAGGACCCCUCAUGUUUUGCUGCUUCCAGAGAUAUUAGAAACUGACUCACUUGAUUGGAAAAUGGACAAAAGUGCCUUGAGGUGGAGGGUGGGCACCAGAUGGGGACCAGCCUUGCCAACUGCUGCUGUGGCCUCCAGCUUGGCUGGUUUUGCAGGCCACCAGCAGGAAGGCGAAGGUGAUAGUAUAGCAAGAGGCACUGGGGGCAGCAGGCCUGUAGGGGCUGUUCUCCAUUACUAGGCCUGCCCCCUCUACCUAUGAGCAUUCCGAGGGUCCCUGAGAUAGUUUAGAUGCCCAUCUUAGACCUCAGCUCCCACAGUGCCUUCUAAGAGGGACCUCACCUCCUACACACAGCCCACCCACUUUACUCUGCUUCCCUGGCACAGCCCAGGCAUAGACGAGCUGGCAUUGGACCCAGUCUUCCCCCUUCUCAGCCCCACAGCUGCUGCUACAGGGGCCAACUGGGGCCAGGUGGAAGGGGAGCUAAGAAGCCAGCCCCUAGCCCAGUGGUGCUGUGGGACCUGGGAUCCAAUCUAGCUUCCUGUCUGGCUUCAGAGAGCCCAGCAACCUCCUAGGCCUGCUUUCCAGAUUUCUAAGACAGCCUGGGAUGAGCAAUCCUGUUACAGUACAUCUGGACCUUCUCUACCUGGGCUCCAGAGAGGCUCUGGGCUUGGAGAGGGAAAAGCAGGGAGGGGGUGUGUUCACCACCUGGGAGGACAGCACAAGGCCUAAUGAGGUCACCCUGACUCCCCACCCCAGCAUUUCAUUCAUACCAGAUAAUAGCUGCAUUACUGCCAACUGACCUUAUAACCCUCUGCACCUUCAAAAAGAUUCAUGGUUUUAAAUUGCUGCUUUUAAUAACAUUUGUUAAAGUUAUAA